UGGAUGCCCAAGGGGCGCAGGCUCCUCCCGCCCCCGCGGCAGCCGCCUCAGCUGGUCCAGCCGCCAGCCCGCACUCCGCAGAGCAUCCUUCUGACCCGGGAACCGCACGGGGACACAGCUCAUCGGGGCUCCUCACCUACUUCCAAGUCGCUGUCGCUAGGAUUCCCGCCACUCCUCUCAGCCCCGUCCCCCCCACCCUUUGCCACUUUUCGGAGUCCCCCGCCCCCGCCUCCCGGCAGCUGCGGGGCAGUCGCUCGCGGAGCCGCCGAGCUGGGAGGACGCCCGGCUGGAGCUGUCCUCCGCAGCCGAGCCCGCACUUCCUGCCCUUCGCUUCGUCCCGCCGCCCGGCCCGCGCCCCCGCCGCCCUCGCCCCGCGCCUCUCCGCCGCCCUCCCGCGAGUCCCCAGCUCCGCCACGGCGGGGUGCGGCGGGGCCGGCGCGAUGCGGCAGCUGUGCCGGGGCCGCGUGCUGGGCAUCUCCGUGGCCAUCGCGCACGGGGUCUUCUCCGGCUCCCUCAACAUCCUGCUCAAGUUCCUCAUCAGCCGCUACCAGUUCUCCUUCCUGACCCUGGUGCAGUGCCUGACCAGCUCCACCGCGGCGCUGAGCCUGGAGCUGCUGCGGCGCCUGGGGCUCAUUGCCGUGCCCCCUUUCGGCCUGAGCUUGGCUCGCUCCUUCGCGGGGGUCGCCGUGCUCUCCACGCUGCAGUCCAGCCUCACUCUCUGGUCGCUGCGCGGCCUCAGCCUGCCCAUGUACGUAGUCUUCAAGCGCUGCCUGCCCCUAGUCACCAUGCUCAUCGGUGUGCUGGUCCUCCAGAACGGCGCGCCCUCCCCGGGGGUGCUGGCGGCCGUGCUCAUCACCACCUGCGGGGCCGCCCUGGCAGGAGCUGGCGACCUGACAGGCGACCCCAUUGGGUACGUAACGGGCGUGCUGGCGGUACUGGUGCACGCAGCCUACCUGGUGCUGAUCCAGAAGGCGAGCGCAGACACGGAGCACGGGCCUCUCACUGCACAGUAUGUCAUCGCCGUCUCCGCCACCCCUCUGCUGGUCAUCUGCUCCUUCGCCAGCACCGACUCCAUCCACGCCUGGACUUUUCCAGGCUGGAAGGACCCGGCCAUGGUUUCCAUAUUCGUGGCCUGUAUCCUGAUCGGCUGUGCCAUGAACUUCACCACACUACACUGUACCUACAUCAACUCUGCUGUGACCACCAGCUUCGUGGGCGUGGUGAAGAGCAUUGCCACUAUCACGGUGGGCAUGGUGGCAUUCAGCGACGUGGAGCCCACCUCUCUGUUCAUUGCCGGCGUUGUGGUGAACACCCUAGGCUCCAUCAUUUACUGUGUGGCCAAAUUCUUGGAGACCAGAAGGCAAAGCAACUAUGAAGAUCUGGAAUCGCAGGCAGAGGGAGAGGAGCAGCAGUCAAAUGGGGAUCAGUUGCCUUUCGUUAUGGAGGAGCUGCCCGCUGAGGCCGGAAAUAGCGAGCCAGAGAGUGCGGAGGGGGCAGGUGGCUCCGUACAGCAAGGUGGGCAAGAAUUAAGGGGCAGCCCCAGAGGGGUCUCACUGGUGGCCAGGAGUUCUAGAGCAGAAGGGCAUUCUGAUGAAGCGGGUAGGAGAUCAUUAAAGGACACUUACUUGGAAGUGUGGAGGCUAGUUAGGGGAACUAAGUAUAUGAAAAAGGAUUAUUUGAUAGAAAACGAGGCAUUACCCAGUCCCUGAAAAAGACAUGCAUGUAUGUACAUAUGUACAUACGGUUUGCUUUAUAUGGCAGAAAUAACGUUUAAGGAAGGGCCUCCAGUUUUAUUCCGAGGAGUGGCGGGUAGAGACGCAUAAGCUGAAAGGGACCGACAGAGACAAAUCAGCGCUUAUUUAUUAUUUAUUAAUUAUUUAGUGGAACUUUGUCUGAGGUGCCACAGAAAGAAGAGACCUGUGCAGGUGCUUAACAAAUCAAAAGUGAUGUCAGCUUCAGACUCCUGGACAUUCAUUUUUUUUUUUGUCUUUAUAAUCAUAACCAAAUAUCUGCAUGUACCGAGAGUCCUCAGCCACCCUUCCAAAGAUGGCUUGUAACAAUGAUGGUAUCACUUAAGUUCAAAGGUCACAUUCAGGGGCACAUUUCCGAUGACAGAAUUAGUUUUUAUUGCCUGUUAGGCAAAGAGUAAGUGUAUUGUUGAGAUGACGUUUAUAAAUACACUGACUUGUUUACUCUUUGGGUCAUCUGCAAUAUUGUGUUUACUCAAAUUUUUCUUGCUUUAUUAUUUUUUUUUAAAAUGGGUGUUCUAUUAUAUAUUGAUAGGAAACGUUGAAGCUAUUUUGAAGACAUGUGUUCUUAGCUUUGAUUAUGAAGUCUAAAGUUUGUUCUUUGUAAUUAUAUAUCUUAAAGGCUGUUUGGAUUCCUUGCUUUAUAAUAUUUAUUACUGAAUGCUAUAAAAACCCAUUUUCCCACGUAAUACUCUUUCGAGCAAAUGCAGUGACUGGAAUAUAUUCAGUGUUGACUGUAGAGCAGCCAGAAAGAGACAGACCACCUUGGUCUGCACUGCACACCCCAAACUCUGUUACAAAAAGAGCAACUGCUAUAUUCGCAUUAUGAUAUUUUUCUAUAUUUGUCAAAAAUAAAGUGUGAGUCUAUCUGUAAA